AUGGUAGAAGCUCACGGUAUCAUCCGAAAGCUUGAACCUCAUGUUAUAGCGAAGAUCGCGGCAGGAGAGGUUCUUGUAAGACCGGCGGCAGCUAUCAAGGAACUUAUAGAAAAUAGUAUAGAUGCUGGUGCAACGACAAUCAAAAUCAAUCUGGCGGCGAACCCUCUAGAGUAUGCUGAAAUAUCAGAUGAUGGUUGUGGAGUAUCGCCAGAAGAUAUGGCUGUCAUAUGCCAGAGGUUUACGACUUCAAAGACACAUGAUAACAUUGAUGGAGUCAAAAGCUUUGGCUUCCGUGGAGAAGCUUUGUCCGCACUCUCACACGUGGCAAAUGUUACGAUAGCAUCGAGAACUGCACAACAUAGCAAAAGGACAGUUAUGCGAUAUAAAGAAGGGGAUCCUAUUGCCGAUGCCGUAGAUGAGGUACCGGGGUCUGUAGGGUUUACAAUAAAGUACCAAAAUCUCUUCUUUAACAUGGAUACGAGAGAGAGAACACUAUCAUCAUCACCUAGUGUAGAAUUCAACUUAUGUCUAGAACUGGUACAAAAGUAUGCAGUCCACUUUCCACAUAUCAACUUCGUGUUCCAUAAAGUUGGAAGUAGUACAAACGAAGUAAACACACAAAGGGACAAAACAAACUACGGAGAUAACGAACAUAUAGAUGAUCUAGAUCAAAAUCAUUUUAAGAGUGUUCACCUUUUCCCACCGGAUGCUAUAGAUACACCGGAACUUAUACAUUAUAGAGAGAAUGUCGAAGAAUAUAGUAAAGAGCAACUCAAAACGGUCAGAAACGCCAUUAAAUCUGUCUACGGCCCAGUUGUGGCAGAUACUUUAUAUGACUUUCAAACGCAUUCUACGGGAAAUGUAUAUUACAAUUGCAAGGGGUUCUUUACCCACCCAAAUCAACCAAAUAGGUGUCAUUCAUUCAUACUAUUUAUCAACAAUCGACUGGUAGACCAUCCAACACUCAGGAAAAACAUAGAUACCAUAUACAAGGAAUUGAUACAUAAAAAACAAAGAAGGUUUGUAUACCUAUCAAUAUACAUGCCCUAUGAAAGAAUCGAUGCCAACGUGCAUCCAUCAAAGGAAAAGGUAUUCUUCCAGCAUCAAGAUCAAAUCAUAGAUGAAAUUGAAAUCAAACUAAAGGAACAAUUACAAAGUAUACUAAAAAUUAAUACAGAUAAUAUGCAAAAUACAUCUGCAUAUACUAAAAUGGAAAAAUUAAGUCAAGAUUCGGAAAAAGAAGGGAAUGCAGCACCCAACCCUAAAAGGGCAACUGAGAUGUCUGACGCUGCGAAAACACGAGCAAAAUGUAGAGUCAGAAAUGAUUAUAAACAAAUGGAUAUAUCAAGUUUUGUAAUACCGACAUAUAUUCAACAAUCGAAUGCUGACUUAGACACAUGUGAUGAAUUCUUCAAUGAAUCGAGAUAUACGGAAUAUGGAGAAACAGAACAAGAUGCGACAGACAUGGGAUCAAGUGCAAGUAAUACACAGCAAGAUGAAGAAACUCAACAAGACUCGGGGCUACCAAAACUAGGUUCUAUUGAAUUCAGUCUCAUGGAUAUCACCGGGGAGGAAACUGGAUUCUCUGAUAUGUGGAACAUACCAUAUGUCAAAAAGUUAAUCAAAGAUUUCGAAUUAGAUAGAGACAAGAAUCUUACAGAGAUCAUAUUGAACUCUGUAUUUGUUGGUGCCGUGGACAAACAGUAUAUCAUAUUGCAACAUGAUACUCACCUAUAUAUGGUCGAUAUUGUCCAAAUUGCGAAAGAGUGCACAUUCCAAUCGAUCAUAUGGAGGAUAGGACAACUACCAAAACUUGUACUUAAUCCACCCAUAUGCCUUAUAGACAUUAUAUCAUUCGCGCUGGCCCGAGAGGAGUAUCAAAAGGAAGAUUCCAAUGGGACACUUGAUAAAACUCUAUUCACGGACCAAGCAAAAGAGAUGGUCGAACAGUUCAACACAUUUUACCUCAAGGAAUAUUUCGGGUUUACAAUCGAAAACAACAUGCUAUGUAGUAUACCGAAGAUCAUAUCAAACUACUUCCCAGGGCAUGAGUAUCUACCAGGACUCAUACUUUCAUUGUUCUCCCUCAAGCUAGUAGACGAGGAAAAGGCAGUUACAGAUAUCGCAAGAGUCAUAUCAGACUACUUAACAUCACCACCGGUCAUAAGUGUCACUACGGAUGAUCCCAACGUUAAUGAAAGCAACUACGAACAUUACCUUUCAAAGGUCCUGCUUGCAGCGGUACAGAGGUUCCCGGACCUUAGUCUCUCCAAAAAUAAAAUUGAUAAGGGGGUUAUCAUAAAACUGGCUGAACAGGAACUACUUUAUCGCAUCUUCGAGCGAUGCUGA